AUGGGGUCACCUGCAGGUUCAUCUCCGUACCGUGAAAUGGAUAAAGAACAGAAGCAUGGAGGCGUGCAAAAAAGACUCUCAACUAUGCGCGAGAAAAAGGGCAAAGCAUGUCGCCGAUGUAAGGAACGAAAGACCAAAUGUUCAAAAGUAUUGCCAUGCGAACCUUGCCUUCGGGCGGGCAGUGGCGCUGAUUGUCGUUACCCGCAAAAGCUACGUUUUGUCAACCUAGCCCAAGUUCAUCUGAGAAGUCUGAAAGAUGCGGAUAAGCGUCUAAGAUGGUCGGAAGACGAAGACGGUGUCGAAGAAUUACACGGAGGGGGCGAUCAGAUUCAACGUAUAAGCCAGGCACCAACUCCAGCACUCCAAGAUGUGCCGCCUUUCCUUGGCCCUAAUUCUCCGCAUUUACCGAGCUCAUAUGGUACUGCCUCGGAUAUAGCAUUUGCAGCCCAAUUCUGGUGGCGGCCUUCUGUUGGACAACAUGCCGAUUCCACGUUCAGUAUACCGACUUCCUCUCAACAAUUUGACAUGGCAGUUCCCUGGCCUAAUCAAGCGCGAGCCCGUCUAUUACUAGACGUGUCUCUGGAUAGAGUUAGCCGAGAUUAUUACAUCGUUCAAAAGAGCCAUGUUCGCCGAGACCUCGAACAGUUUCUGUUGAACAAGACACCGAUCGAUACUCUUUCAAAGUGCAAAUUGCAUGCGUUAUUUGCUAUCGGCGAGGUGUAUAUGGCGAGGUCCUUUGUAUCCAAAUCAACGUUUCCGGGAAUGAAUCAUUUCAUCAUGGCGAAAAGAGCGCUCCAAAUGGUGAGCGAUAAGCCGCAGAUAGGCAUGAUCGAGCUUCAAUUGUUGCUGUCUUACUAUUGCUUCUUCCUGAACCAGUUACGAUCAGCUUAUACUCAAGCUAGUUACGCGAUUCAACUUGCCUUGAUUAUCGGCUUACAUAGAGAAAAGUCGGACAACGAAUGCGAUGACGUUGCCAUAAGGGAACACCGCCAACGAGUCUGGUGGACCGUAUAUGACCUCCUAGAAGUUGACCUUCCGUUUGAGCCUCAACCCAUGUCCGCUAUGCAAGACUUUGAGGACUUUGCCUACGUUAAGGCUCAAGUUCAGCUGUCGAAAUUGACAUUCACUGCAAUAAAUGCUCUUCAUCAACGGAAGCAUGACAUCCUUGUCCAAGCUCAAGCACAUGGCUUCCUGGCCCGUCUGAGAAACUGGUCAGUUAUAUGCAUCACUCGGCCUCUUUGGAAUUGUGUCGUGCUACCAACAUCCUUAUCCUUGACAACCAACCCUCCUUGUCCACCACAGAACACAUACUUCGAAUCUUCUCUUCUCGAAGCAGGAAUUGAGUGCGCACAGCAGACUUGCAAAUUUCUUAUUGAGUCAUGGAUCCGCGGAUCGUUUCUGACCUUUGAUUGCGUCUACACUCGAUAUCUCUUCUCAGCUCUUACAAUCCUCCUACUUGCAUACAUGCUCAAUGACGAAGAGUACAAUGAAGUUCAGGGGCAAUUUGAGGUAGCGGCUCACAUUCUCACGCAGCUAAAAGAGAGUGGUAAUGCUCUCGCUGCCGAGUACUGUUUGCAUAUUGACGGGAUGAGAAGGAUGAUGAGUCGUCAUGAAACUGUGCUGGGCAUUGGGUCUGAUCAUUCGAUCUUGAAUGACCACACGGGCCUUGGUAUAUGCAGUGAGGAGAAAACAUUCGACGCCGUAUUGGAGCCUUCAGUGCUUUGGGAAUCUCUUUGGGAAGACUACGAAAAUCUUUGGACAGGUGGUGAUAUCUUGACCAAUGUUGAUAAUAGCAAUAAGGAUCUAUUAUAA